AUGGUCAAGGAGGAGAUGAGCGCCUUUGAGCGCAAGCGGCUCGAUAACAUUGCCGCCAAUCGAGCCAUACUCACAGACAUAUCGACGACGUCGAAGAAGAUAAUACCGGCGGCGAAACCGCCGACCAAGUCUGGACCGAAGCGCAAGUCCCGGGCCGAGCCGAUCAAGCGUGAGCCGACGCGACCGACGCGGAUGAGCUCGCGCCUCGCAGGACUCGACGCCGACUCCGAGACGGCGAAACGAAAGAUGGAAGUUCAGCUGGAGCACGAGACGGAAAAGGCAAGAGCCAAAAGGAUGCGGGUCAACGGAGACCUGAACCUCGGCGACAUAGUCGUCGAGGGCAAGAAAUGGGGCAGCGGCAUCGACGGGCUCAAAGGUCUCGUCCGAGGCGCCGAGCCCGGCGUCCGCACCUUUACCGAGGACGACGUCAAGGAGACGACGGAUCAGAGCCUGAAGGACUUGCGCCACCGCAUGGGCGCACUCGAGCUCUACAAGCACUGGAUGCCCAAUGAUAUCAAAAUCACGCCUCAACGAGUCUAUGCCCUCGGCUUCCACCCGACAGAAGACAAACCCAUCGUGUUUGCGGGCGACAAAGAGGGUGCCAUGGGCGUGUUUGACGGAUCGCAAACGGCGCCCGAGGCCGACGACGACGACGAGUCCGAUGCCGAUCCCGUCAUUUCCGCCUUCAAGACUCACGCUCGAACCAUUACUUCCUUUGUGUUUUCUGCGACCGACUCGAACGCAGUCUACUCAUCGUCCUACGAUUCGUCCAUACGGAAGAUGGACCUCGAAAAGGGCCUCUCGACCCAGGUUUUCGCUCCCGACGACGACGAGGACCUCCCCAUCUCCGCCCUCGACAUGGCCGCGGCCGAGCCAAACAUUCUCUACUUUUCCACCCUCGACGGCAGCGUCGGCCGCUAUGACGUCAGAGCCCCCGGCGGCGAGGAGAUGUGGAAGCUCUCGGAUUCCAAGAUUGGUGGCUUCUCUCUCCACCCCCUGCAGCCUCACUUGAUGGCCACUGCUUCGCUGGACAGGACGAUGAAGAUCUGGGACCUGAGGAAGAUUGUCGGCAAGGGCGACAUGCGACACCCGACCCUGCUCGGCGAGCACGAAUCCCGCCUGUCCGUGUCGCACGCCUCCUGGAGCGCCGGCGGCCAGGUGGCCACCUCGUCGUACGACGACACGGUCAAGAUUUACAACUUUUCCGACGCCGCUGCCUGGACGCCUGGCCACGACCUGGCGCCCAAGGCCAUGGAGCCGGCCCAGACGAUCCGGCACAACAACCAGACGGGUCGGUGGGUGACCAUCCUGAAGCCGCAAUGGCAGAAGCGGCCGAACGACGGCGUCCAAAAGUUUGUCAUUGCCAACAUGAACCGCUUCGUCGACGUGUUCGCAUCCGACGGGAGCCAGCUGGCGCAGCUGGAUGGAGAGGGCAUCACCGCCGUGCCUGCGGUUGCUCACUUUCAUCCGACCAUGGACUGGGUUGCCGGCGGGAACGGCAGCGGCAAGCUGUGUCUGUGGACCUGA